GGCGCAGUUUAAUCGAGAUAAUUAUUUUUUCGACACCGCAGUUUUCAACAUCCUACUCCGUUCCCAAGCCACCACUGAUCGAGGAGAAGUUGAUCGACUCGUCCAUACAAGCUCCAAGAUGGCCAACUCCAAGCGAGCUCGUGUCGUCCAUACCUCCAAGACCCACAAGAACCGCAAAGAACUUGUCCGUCGACUGGGCGCAAAUGUGCAGGAAGCCGCGGAAAACUACAACUACAUCUGGGUCUUCAGCGUCGAAAAUGUGCGGAACAAUUUCCUUAAAAAAGUCCGAACCGACUUCGAUGAUUCAAGAAUAAUGAUGGGCAAGACAAAAGUCAUGAUGGUCAGUCUGGGUCACAACGCCGAAACAGAGUGUGUACCUGGCGUUAGCGCACUGGGACCGUACUUGAAGGGCGAGGUUGGACUACUAUUCACCAGCCGCGAGCCUUCCGAGAUUGAAGAAUACUUCGACGACUAUCUCAACCUGGACUACGCAAGAAGUGGGACGACAGCAACACAAGAGAUCAGAAUCCCGCCCGGUGAAUUGCACACCAUGUACGGUGUGCCAGGAGGUGAAGAAGAUCCACUACCGCUUCAAAUCGAGCCCAUGCUCCGAAAACUUGGCGUGCCGACGCGCCUUGUCAAGGGGAAAGUGGUACUGGAGGAACAUCCUGAAGGCUCGAUGGACGAUGAGGAGGGCUAUCUCGUCUGUAAAGAGGGAGACACGCUAGACUCGAGACAAACGUCCAUACUCAAGAUCUUCGGCGUGCGCAUGUCAGAGUUUAAGAUUGAAUUGAUCGCUGUCUUUGACAAGAACGAGGGCGCUGUGCGCCAGGUGGGCGGAAUGGAAGUUGAUGGGGCAGCAUCAUAAGAAUGCUGGCGAAGGAUGUUUCGCUGUUCACGAUUGAUGAUUGAC